AUGGCCUCUGACAACGACAGUUCUUCAUCUCCAAUGUCCUAUUCGGACAUGUACAACGAUGACACCUUCACGAUGGUCGAAGAAGAAGAUCAAACAAGCAGAAUCGGAGAAAAGUCUCCUUCCAGAUCCAACAAGUCCGAUGUCGACUUUGGAUUCGACGACGAAGAUGCCCUAGAUUUUGGAUCCGCCGCCUACAGUGUUCCCUACAUGCAAGGCGGAACAGACCAGCCGAGUGUCGCUACUUCCGUCACAUCCGUGCCAUCGGAUCAAGGACGAAGACCAUCAUCUCUCUUGGGUGGUGAUGACAGUAGUGUGGCAUCUGCCUCACCAAGUGUCGACAGUUAUGGUUUUUCGGCAGUGGGAUCAGUGGCCGGUGGUAGUGUCAACCCUCCGCCUCCUUCAAUCAUGCAAAAUCGAGGUACCGCGACUCCUACUCCCUAUCAUAAGAUGGCCCCACCAACAAGUGUCAUUGGUGGAUCCCUGACUUCAGGCACCAGCAAUCCCUACUAUGAAUCACAUGAUGAUGACGACGACGAAAGCGUGGAAAUGUCACUAGUGACACCAGAGCCAUCAACACCCGGCAGAAACAACCCGUUUGGCAAAAAGACCAAGAAUACCGAGUCUCUACUACAAGAUACUGUCAAGAUCCAAUUCGUUCCAGCUCCACAACGACCCAAGACCACGGCACGUCAAACAUCCACGACAUCCUACCCCGACAAUCCGGACGACGAAUUCGGUGUUUCGGUAAUUUCGUCCUUGCAAGACGAUCUCAGUAGCGUCCAAAACAGCAGCAGCGUCAAGUAUGUUCCUUCGCCAUUUGCAGAAGCUGGGACGGCGCCCACGUCGCCAUUGACUCCCGUCUUUCCGGACUAUCAGCAUAAAGUCUUGCCCACCAACGCCCCAAUGGCACCUCUGCCCCAUGGACAAAAGAUCGACCCUUCGGUUCCAAGACCGGAUUCGGAUGAAGAAAGUGGGGUUCCAGUCAAUCACCAUUCCGAGUAUCCAAGUCAGCCAUUUGGUGCUGGCAAUGGGCAAGCUGUAUUCACCUACAACUUGACGUCGUCUUCCUCUGACGAAGUAUCUACCGCUGGUCAGUCGGAACAAGAGUACCGCGACGAAUUCUUGGAAAAGAACCAAAAAAAGCUCGGACAAAGUGAUGGACCAGUGUCUGUGUCUUCUUCUGUGGCUACCGAGAAACUAGGUGGUACUCGGACAAAUCCUUUUGCCACUUCGUCUGAUGAUGCAGCCAAACAAGAUCCGGAAACCGCCCUUAAUCUCAAGGAUCCACAGCCCAAGAAGAACAAAAAGUCAUGUUGCCGAAAGUGUCUCUGCAUUUUCAUCCCUCUCUUGCUAUUGAUCCUUGGUGGUGGUGGAUACUAUGCGUAUACCAAAGACUUUUAUGGAUUUGACUUUUUUGGACUUUACGAGUCCAAAGACGCUGCCCAGCAACAAACGGAAGGAGGCAACAUCCUCGAAAAUUCUCAAGAUGUUUCAAACGACGAUCCACAAGAAACUGAUGGAGGCGGCAUCGGUUUUCCCAACAGUCCUACUAGUAGUUCAACUACGGCACCUUCCGUCAUCAUGGAACCUCCUGCUGACGAUGGCAUCGACAAUGGCGCGACUAACAACAGUACAAACGGUGACGACAUUCUUGGAAACAACAGUACUAACUCAAACAGCACAGCAGGUGAUGAUUCAUUGAUUGGGAUCAUUGGGACCAAACAACCUCACUUGACACCCGUCGAUACGAAAGCACCUACACAAUCGCCCAUUAGCGAAUCACUACCAACGGCAACCCCAACAAUCAUGGCGGAGGCAACUGCAGCACCAACUACCCAGGCAGAAAGCGAAAUCAUUAUUCAAUAUCGCACUACCAUUCAGAGUUUCUUGUCGACCCAACAAGGCAUCUCUUUCGACACUACUCAAUCUACAAUGACUGUGAACGCCUUGGAUCGAUUGAUGAACGAUGUGGUUGCCGCCAAGUUUCAAGAGGUGGAACCAGCUGAUCCUUUUUACGAAGAUAUUUACCGUGUGACACAGCGAUUCGCACUCUACUGCCUCGGCGUUGCACUGGAAGAACCAGCACAAGAAGACUUCUUCACGCAAUUUGAAGUUACCAAAUCGUGGACACCCCGGUCAGAUGCCGCCCCCAUGUAUCCAUUGGUCUUUGAGCGCUUGAAUGCUGGAGAAACCAAGAGCCCGGACCAUUGCAACUGGCCCGGGGUGAUCUGCAGUACUGGCGACUCCCCAGAAAUCGUAAGCAUUACAUGGAAUCAAAAAGGGCUAGACGGAACCAUCCCAUCCGAGAUUUCGUUGCUGAAAGCUCUUACUUCGAUCGAUCUGGCAAACAAUUAUAUUCACGGUACAGUUCCAUCCCAGCUGUACGAAAUUCCAAAUCUUCAGAAGCUCGUCUUGAAUCACAACUAUUUGGAGGGACUGCUACCUGCACCAACCGCACUAACCAGACUCACUCAUUUAGAUAUGGGCCAAAAUCUACUCAGCGGAAAUCUCCAAUCCCUCUUAUCCGCUCAAGGACUUGAAUAUCUGAACCUGAAUAAAAAUACAUUGACAGGGUCGAUCCCGGAAACCCUCGAGCUUCCCAGUAUUGCAUACCUCGAUCUUGGGCACAAUAUGCUCAGCGGUCCAUUGCCAACUCGUCUUGCAAAACAAGCAAUGCAAGUUCGUCACAUUCACUUGGAAUACAAUGGUUUCAGCGGCAAUCUGCCAGUGGAGUAUCUUUGGGCUGGUAAAUUCCAACUACUUACACUCAAGGUUAAUAAUAACCAGCUGACUGGAGCCGUUCCGUCUGGAGGAUCCAAGUCCAUGGUUGAAUAUACCUUGCAAAACAAUCAAUUUUCGCAACCGCUAGCCCAACUAACCUGCGAAUUGGACCAAGCGCUUGGACUUGGAGGAUCUGUCAUUGAAUUUGAAGCUGACUGCUCAAUAUGCCAGUGUACCGGUGGCAUCUUUUGCAGCACUUGCAAUGGCGGCUUCAAUGCUUAG